ACAGGCGCAAUGCAGCGCUCAGCCCCGGCGCAGGCGUUUGGGUGUUGCUCCCGCCCCGCUUCCUCAGCGGUCUUCUCCGCCGGGCUCGGGUGGGGCCGGACGGCGGCGAGUGACAGCGACCGCGAACUGCGGGAGGAGGACGGAUGUCAGCCAUGUCCGACAGCGGGGCGAGCCGCCUGCGAAGGCAGCUGGAGUCUGGGGGCUUCGAGGCGCGGCUGUACGUGAAGCAGCUGUCGCAACAGUCGGACGGCGACCGCGACCUGCAGGAACACCGACAGCGGGUGCAGGCGCUGGCGGAGGAGACGGCACAGAACCUGAAGCGCAACGUCUAUCAAAACUACCGGCAGUUCAUCGAGACGGCGCGCGAGAUCUCGUACCUGGAGAGCGAAAUGUAUCAGCUGAGCCACCUGCUGACAGAGCAGAAGAGCAGUCUAGAGAGCAUUCCGCUGGCACUGCUGCCCGCCGCCGCCGCGGGAGCCUCCACGGGUGAGGACACGGCGGGCGCGGGGCCGCGGGAGCGCGGGGCGGCCCAGGCAGGCUUCUUGCCCGGGUCGACGGGCGUCCCCCGCGAGGGCCCUGGUAUGGGCGAGGAGGGCAAGCAACGCACGCUCACCACGCUGCUGGAGAAGGUAGAGGGCUGCAGGGACCUGCUGGACACGCCAGGCCAGUACCUGGUGUACAACGGGGACCUGGUGGAGUACGAGGCGGACCACAUGGCCCAGCUGCAGCGCGUGCACGGCUUCCUCAUGAACGAUUGUCUGCUGGUGGCUACCUGGCUGCCACAGCGGCGAGGCAUGUACCGCUAUAACGCUCUUUACCCGCUGGACCGCCUGGCGGUGGUCAACGUCAAGGACAACCCACCGAUGAAAGACAUGUUCAAGCUUCUCAUGUUCCCCGAGAGCCGCAUCUUUCAGGCAGAAAAUGCCAAGAUUAAACGCGAGUGGCUGGAAGUGCUGGAGGAAACCAAGAGGGCGCUCAGUGACAAGAGGAGGAGGGAGCAGGAGGAGGCAGCGGCCCCUCGUGCGCCACCACCAGUGACUUCCAAGGGCAGCAACCCCUUUGAGGAUGAGGAUGAGGAAGAGCUGGCCACCCCCGAGGUGGAGGAGGAAAAGGUAGACCUCUCCAUGGAGUGGAUCCAGGAGUUGCCCGAAGACCUGGAUGUCUGUAUUGCGCAGAGGGACUUUGAGGGCGCAGUGGACUUGCUGGACAAAUUGAAUCACUACCUGGAAGAUAAGCCCAGCCCACCUCCUGUGAAAGAACUGAGGGCCAAAGUGGAUGAACGAGUGCGACAGCUCACCGAGGUGCUGGUGUUUGAGCUCUCCCCGGAUCGUUCUCUGAGAGGUGGCCCUAAAGCUACUCGCAGGGCAGUGUCUCAGCUGAUCCGACUGGGCCAGUGCACUAAGGCUUGUGAGCUGUUUCUGAGGAACAGGGCAGCAGCUGUGCACACUGCCAUCCGCCAGCUUCGAAUUGAGGGCGCCACUCUGCUCUACAUUCACAAGCUGUGCCACGUCUUCUUUACCAGCCUCCUGGAGACCGCAAGGGAAUUUGAGACAGACUUUGCAGGCACGGACAGUGGCUGCUACUCUGCAUUUGUGGUCUGGGCAAGGUCUGCAAUGGGCAUGUUUGUGGAUGCUUUCAGCAAGCAGGUUUUUGACAGCAAGGAGAGCCUGUCCACUGCAGCUGAGUGUGUGAAGGUGGCCAAGGAGCAUUGCCAGCAGCUGGGAGAGAUUGGGCUGGAUCUCACCUUCAUCAUCCAUGCCCUGCUGGUGAAGGACAUCCAGGGGGCCUUGCACAGUUACAAGGAGAUUAUCAUUGAAGCCACCAAGCACCGGAACUCAGAGGAGAUGUGGCGUCGGAUGAACCUGAUGACCCCUGAGGCCCUGGGAAAGCUCAAAGAGGAGAUGAGAAGUUGUGGGGUCAGUAACUUUGAACAAUACACGGGGGAUGACUGCUGGGUGAACUUGAGCUAUACAGUAGUAGCUUUUACCAAGCAGACCAUGGGCUUCCUGGAGGAGGCAUUGAAACUGUACUUCCCAGAGCUACACAUGGUGCUCCUGGAGAGUCUGGUGGAAGUCAUCCUGGUUGCUGUGCAGCAUGUGGACUACAGCCUACGGUGCGAGCAGGACCCAGAGAAGAAGGCAUUCAUCAGACAGAACGCAUCCUUUCUUUAUGAAACUGUCCUCCCAGUGGUGGAGAGGAGGUUUGAGGAAGGUGUGGGGAAGCCUGCUAAGCAGCUUCAGGACCUUCGGAAUGCAUCUAGACUCCUGCGGGUGAACCCUGAGAGCACCACUUCUGUGGUCUGAGGCCUGAGGCCUGGUCUGCUGUGUGUGUGUAUACAUGUACUACAGAUGUAUUAUUUGUAUUUACAUUAAUUACACUUGUCAGCACAUUCCUCACAGUCACAACAGCAUAUUCAUGGUAUCCUCUUAGAAAUACAGGAAAAGGAGAAAGAAAAUGUGUUAAGUGCUCCCCCCCCAUUGGAAUUAUUAGAGCAUAUACCAUGCUUUUAUAUUAACUCCUUAAGGAAUGUAUGGUCAUACCAUGGCAUUUCAGAUUUCCUCUGACUUGAAACACAGUUCUCACAGUAGGACAUCCAAGGAGCUUUGCACUUCUGUGCUACCUUGAAAAAUAUGUAAACCCCAUAGAGCUUUACAUGUUACAAAGUCUCCCAAUUGAGCAAAAUUGUAGUGUCUUGAUUGUCAGUGCUAUGAAAUGCACUCACUUUAUGUACUCAAACUAAUCAAUCUGGAGGAAAGAAAUGAGUAGGGAAAAUUGAUUUGGGGUAAAUUUGAAUAAGUGGGCAUGGCACCAGAAUCUCCAAUGUUUGUAGUACAUGGAAGGAAGCCUUCAUGAAACAACUGCAGGUAUCCAAAAGUCAAUGAAAAGGUAGCAUGUUCCAUAGCUAAUUAAUAUCAUAGUAUUUCACUUGGGUGCAUCUUUUUGGGAAUCACAAGGACUACGAUGGAAUUUUUAACAUAUUCCAGAACUGAAUGAAUUUGUUGCUGUAACACCUUUUGCCAUGUUCAGGAAGUGAAAGGCCCACACCAAGGGGCCUAGCAGUAGGCGAGAGACUCCAGGUCCCUGCAGACACCACCAGACUAGUUUAGGAGCCAGAGACUUAAGGCAAAUGCAGAGCUCCUUAUUUGAAUAUUUACUGGGAGCUCAGGGUCUCUAUAGAUUAGGAGUUAGAAAAAGUAUGCAAAUCUCACUGCUCAAGAAUGCCUGCUUCGAGCAGAGAUUUGUUUCUGCUCACUUGAGAUAGGUUUCAGCCUAGGUUGGUGCCCUGAACUGGUUUUGUAGCCAAGGAAGACCUUGAAUUUCUAGUCCUCCAACUCCACUUCCCAAGGACUGGGAUUACAGGUGUGUGCCACCAUGCCUAAUUUAGGGCUUUGUGCGUAGCAGUCAAGCACUCUAUCCACUGAGCUAUAUCCUCUGCCCUGAUGGGUUGGUUGUUUGUUAGUUUGUUUUUCUUUGGUAAUUUAGUGGAUAAUUUCGGGGAGAUGGAUAUGCUUCAAGCACAGGGAAGGAACCUUUGGUGACUCCUCAAAUGCUGUGUUGCACUUUAAAACACAAGAUCCAGGAAUGCUGGUAUAUGCUUUUAAUCACUGCACUGGGAGCAAGAGGCAGGUGUAUCCAAGGCCAGCCUGGUCAACAAGGUGAAUUCCAGGACAGCCAGGGCUCUGUAAAGACCCUGCCUCAAAAACAACAAAAAACAACUUUUAAGAGAAUUCUAGGUUGUAAUGCUUAUUUCAGAUUGUUCAGUAAAGGAAAAGGUAGGUGGGUGGUUCAGAAAAUGCUCUGCUUUAUACUGAUUAUCUAAUGUUCCUCUAUUAGAAAGUGUUUUCAGCUGGGUGUUGGUGGUGUACACAUUUAAUCCCAGCACUCGGAAGGCAGAGGCACGCCGAUCUCUGUGAGUUCAAGGCCAGCCUGGUCUACAGAGCCAGUGCCAGGACAGGCUCCAAAGCUACACAGAGAAACCCUGUCUUGAAAAACCAAAAAAAAAAAAAAAAAAAAAAAAAGUUUUCAAAGACCCAUUUUCCCACUAGUUUCUAGCUGUGGUUUUUGUCCAUGAUGUCACCUGUUUAUACCAUUGGUUUCAAAGAGGGUUAUUUCUUGUCUGAAUAAAAAGUAGUAUUAAGACAUAAAAUUAUGUAAACUCUUACAUGGUUUCUGCAAUGUUUAGGCUUAGUUAAAUCAUUUCAGACCAACUUUUUUUUUUCUUUCUACAUCACCAUUGCAGAAUUUUACUGAUUUGUUUUUUCAUGUUAGGAUUUUUUUUUUUUUUUUUUUUUUUUUUUUUUUUUUUUUUUUUUAGGGUUUCUCUGUGUAGCCCUGGCUGUUUUGGAACUCUCAAUGAAGACCAGGCUGGUCUUGAACUCACCAGAGAUCUUUGUGCCUCUGCCUCCUAAGGGCUGGGAUCAAAGGCUUGUGUCACUAUGCUGGGCUACGUUGAUUUUCUACAUGACCAUAACUGAUGUUCCAGCCAAACAAAAAUACUAAUUUGUCUUAAGAUCACUGAAAACUUGAAUUUCAUAGAAUUGUGAUGACUAUUUGGUACCACUCGGAUAAUAUGCAAAAUGUUCUGUGUGAAUACAGUAUUGGGUUUGGGGGAAUGGAAAGCUCUCAGGACACAGAGCUGUAAGAAUGCCAGUGUGUUUCCCCACAUAAUAAUAAAUAGCUGUAACUUUAUUGAAAUUA